CAGUUACUAUAAAGGAUUAACUGAGAAACAGUCAAGCCGCCAACAUAGCCGAACUAAUCGCCGCCUCGCCCGCACACACAACGCGCGUAUUUAUGACUAAAAUGAUUCCGCCGGUACCCACCUCAGCCGUCAUGUUGCCCACACCCAAGCAGAAGAUUGGCUUCAGCAUCGACUCCAUUGUUGGCAACGAUGCGACGGCUGUUGCCGCGGCCGGCAAUCCGGAUCAGCAGCCCGGCAGCCCACAGCCGGAACGCAAUGGACCCGGUUCUCCGCCACAAACGCCGCCCGCUGCUGGGUUGACAUUGCUGCCAGCGACGCCCACGCCACCGCAUCAUCUGAUGGCACCGCCACCACAUCAUGCUGCUCACGUGCUGUCACCUCACAUGGCAACGCAUCCACAUCCGCAUCCGCAUGCACAUCAGCAUCCACAUCUCUCGCCAGCCCAACAGCAUGCUCUGCAUCAACAUCUGCUGCUCCAGCAACAACAACAGCAACAACAACAACAACAGCAUCAACAGGGCACACCAAAGUCUCAUCAUGAUAUUCAGGAGUUGCUCCAGCGUCUGCAUCACAAUGCCGCCGUCGCCAGCAGCCUCAGCCCGCUCCAAACGCGUCUCUCGCCUAUCGGAGAUGUUAAUUCCUCACCAGUUGCCGUCUCGAUGAAACGCGAGCGUUCGCCAGCUCCGCCUGGUGCUGAGCAACGGGAGAAUCCCGCCCAGCGUAUUCAGCCGCCUCACACACCGCCCAAGUCCGUCUCGCCGCAAUCCUCGCAGCCCUCAUCUUCGCCCACAUUGCUGAUCAGCAGUCCACACAAUACUCCGCCACAGCAGCAUCAAUCGCAGCAGCCGCCCAGCUACCCGAAGCCACCUGUAAUGCAUCCAUCUGGCGGUCCAGGUCCCAAUCCCCUCAUGCUGCCCGGUAUGCCUCCAGCCGGCUUAGUGCGCCCCUUCCCUAUGGGCCCAGGCGGUCCACCGCCAUCCGGACAGCCCGGUAUGCCGGACAUCAAGGCGCUGCCGCCGUACAUCAACACGCCGCCAGAGCUGGCACCUCAACACAAUCCUCAUCUGAUUGCCGCCGCCCAGUUUCAAAUGGCCGCUGCUCUCCAGGCCGGCCAUGUGCUCGGUCCGGCGGCAGCCGCCGCAGCAGCAGCCGGUCUACCGCCUCACGCCGCCGCCUCCUUCAUGGGUAAUCCCGGCAUGCCGCGUGAAAGCUAUCCGCUCUAUCCAUGGCUCUUGAGUCGCCACGGACGCAUCUUUCCGCACCGCUUUCCAGGAAACUUCCUUCUGCAACCUUUCCGCAAACCGAAGCGCAUUCGCACCGCAUUCUCGCCAUCCCAGCUGCUGAAAUUGGAGCACGCCUUCGAGAGCAAUCAGUAUGUGGUGGGAGCGGAGAGAAAGGCACUUGCCCAGUCACUGAAUCUUUCGGAGACGCAGGUCAAAGUCUGGUUCCAGAAUCGACGCACCAAGCACAAACGCAUGCAGCAGGAGGACGAGAAGGGAGGCGGCUCCGGAUCCGAGCGUAAUAUGCACAACGGCAGCGGAGAUGAGGAUGAUGACGAGCUCAUCGACAUGGAAAUGGAUGAUUGUGCCAGCGAUGAUGAGCAUGAUCUCGAUGCAAGUCAUUAACUUGGCACGCCUCCUCCAUCCUCCUUCCUCCUUCCUGCCUAGCAAUCGUGCGCAUCUCUGGGCAAAACUUAUCCGUGAGUUCCUUACUAAAGAAGCGCCAAAACUGCUGAGCGUUGCUUGUGUGCAUGUGUGUAUCUGUGUGUGUGUGUAUGUGAGAACUUAAAAUUAGUUAUUUGUGAUAUAUUCUUAAAAUGAAAAGCGCUAGGCUUUGUGUAUAUAGCAUCUCUCGUCGUAUCUAUCGAGGUAAACACUCCCUGCAAAAGUAUUAUGUGCGAGACAAGGGGUGUCCACUUGCCACGCCCCCAAACUGUGCCAAUUCCAAAAUAUGGGCUGCCCCUUGAUCAACAAAUUAAACCCUAAAACGAGUUGAGUUGAGCUCAAAUUUGAAACCGACAAAAAACUAAGAUAAUAUAAAUCUCUAAAAAUAGACAGACA